CCACCACGUCCUGGUGCCCCUUGCUUCUGACCAAGGACAGUUCUCUGGACCCAUCUGGCUCUGCCCUGGCCAGCCCUGGGGCAGAGGACUGGGAUUAGGGCCAGGGCUGCCUGCCUCACUUACCCUAAUCCCCCUCAGAGCCCGAUCCUAGGCUCUCAGCUCUAAGAGUGGGGGUGCAUAAGCAGCUUUAUGGGUCCUGAAAGCCAAGGGUGCCCAGGGGUGCAGUGUCUCUGAGCACUGUUAUCCCUCCCCCAUGGCCACAGAGCAGGCAAGGGGGCAGCACGGCCCAAACCUGGCCACUGGCCCUCAGAAGCCCCCUGCGGGGGUUGUGACUCCCAAGAGUGAUGCAGAGGAGACCCCGCUGACCAGGAAGAGGAGCAAGAAGGAGAGGGGACUCCGAGGGUCUCGAAAGCGCACUGGCAGCUCUGGGGAGCAGACAGGCCCCGAGGCCCCGGGGAGCAGCAAUAACCCUCCCAGCACUGGAGAGGGGCCGGCGGGCGCACCCCCUGACUCCCCUGGGCCGGCCUCUUCUCGCCAGUCCCACCGACAUCGUCCUGACUCCCGGCACGACACUGCUCAGAGGACAUACGGGCCCCUGCUCAAUCGAGUCUUCGGGAAGGACCGCGAGCUGGGCCCUGAGGAGCUAGACGAGCUUCAGGCCGCCUUCGAGGAGUUUGACACUGACCGUGACGGCUACAUCAGCCACCGGGAGCUGGGUGACUGCAUGCGGACCCUGGGCUACAUGCCCACCGAGAUGGAGCUCCUGGAGGUCUCGCAGCACAUCAAGAUGCGCAUGGGUGGCCGUGUGGACUUUGAGGAGUUUGUAGAACUGAUAGGCCCAAAGCUGAGGGAGGAGACGGCGCAUAUGCUGGGGGUGCGAGAGCUGCGCAUCGCCUUCCGAGAGUUUGACAGGGACAGGGAUGGACGGAUUACGGUGGCGGAGCUGCGGGAGGCAGUGCCGGCUCUGCUCGGGGAACCGCUGGCGGGUCCUGAGCUGGACGAGAUGCUCCGAGAAGUGGACCUCAAUGGGGAUGGCACCGUAGACUUUGACGAGUUUGUGAUGAUGCUCUCCCGCCACUGAGGCUCCAGGAGGGAAUAUCUGUUGCCCCUGCAGUCCCAGACACCAGCCGGACCCAGGCUGCAGCCCUCCCCCAGGAGCCUCCAGGAUGGAGAUGGAGACCCAGCAGCCCCCAGACUGCUUCUAUCUCUGAAAACACCUGGCCUCGAUGUCGGCUUGUUAUGUUACCCGCCCACCCUCAUCCUUACCUCCCCCUACUCAAGCUGCCUGGAGAAGACCUGCUCUCAGCUGCCCACCGUUCCUCAGUGUGAGCAAGAUUUGGGUCUCUCCAGACCUCUGGGAGGUAGGGAGUUCCCUGGCACUGGCAGCAUUCAGUGGGGACCCCCCAGUGGCAUGAUUAAUGGAGAGGAUGGCUGGACCCCUUUCACUACUUAUGUUUAUAAUUUUUUUUUUUUAAUGAACUUGAGCCGGGUGCGGUGGCUCACACCUGUAAUCCCAGCUGUCAGUGGGGCAGGAGCGGGAGGAUAGCUUGAGCCCAGCAGUUCGAGACCUGCCUGGGCAAUGUAUCGAGACCCCAUUCUCCACGAAAAGGAAAAAUGAAAGACAAAAAACAAACAAACAAAAACCCAAAAAACCCCAGUGUAAAAAAAGUGAGCUUGAAAGAAAGAAAAGGAUGGCUCCAUGUAUUAAAGACAAAGAAAUCGAAGCUGGGGUUGUAGGAGGGAGCUGACCCUGUGGGGGUUUCAGAUCUGGAUAGAGGCUUGGGCGCCUGGACUCCUACACCUGUGAGUGACAGAAGAACCCCAUGAGUCUGGGGAGCAAGAAACAACCCCCCUGGAUAUAUUCCAGGGUCUCCAAAGGCUAAGAUAUUAAUCUGUCUGCACUGACCAGUGGUAGAAAGUGGCAAGGAUACGGAUGUUCAGGGCCCGGAGUGGAAACAGCUGCCCUCAAGAGCCUGGAGCUCCAGGGCCUGCCCUUCAAGCAGGCGUGUAGUCUCUCUCCAGGGUGUGAAAAGCUGAAAAAAACUGGAAAAAACCCUGCCGCUCCCAAAGGGGAACUUGUGAUAAAAACUACAGAUUAUUGGGCCAGGAGUGGUGGCUCAUGCCUGUAAUCCCAGCACUUUGGGAGACCGAGGCGGGUGAAUUACCUGAGGUCAGGAGUUUGAGGCCAGCCUGACCAACAUGGUGAAACCCCAUCUCUACUAAAAAUACAAAAAUUAACCGGGCGAGGUAGCGCGCACCUGUAAUCUCAGCUACUUGGAGGCUGAGGCAGGAGAAUCGCUUGAGCCUGGGAGGUGGAGCUGCAGUGAGCUGAGAUCACACCAUUGCACCCCAGCUUGAGCAACAGAUGGAGACUCCGUCUCAAAAACAAAACAAAAAAGCCUACCAAUUAUAAAAGUAAAGAAACCACCACGAAGGAGACGAGGCAGAGACAAAAGCAAGAGGACUGGCAUCUCAUGUACAUAAUACAGCCGCCUAAGAGACCGCAAGAUACAUGCAAAUAAAAGACGGCUAAAAGGGGAAAAGAGAUCAACAUGCAGUAACAGGAUAGUAUGAAGAGAGAACCGGAAGAUUUAAAAAGUAACCCAACAGGCCAGGCACAUGGCUCAUGCCUGGAAUCCCAGCACUUUGGGAGGCCAAGGUGGGUGGGUUGCUUGAGCUCAGGAGUUCGAGACCAGCCUGGGCAACAUGGUGAAACCCCGUCUCUACUAAAAAUACAAAAAUUAGCCGGGCGUGGUGGUGCUUGCAUCUGUGGUCCCAGCUAUUCUGCAGGCUGAAGUGGGAGGAUCACUUGAGCCCAGGAGGCAGAGGUUGCAGUGAGUCGAGAUUGCACCACCGCACUCCAGCAUGGGUAACAGAGUGAGAAUCCGUCAAAAACAAACAAACAAAAAAAAACAUGGCUUCUGUUAAAAAAAAAAGUAUAUUUUUUAUAUAUACACACGCACAGCCAUUGGAAUAAAAAAUAAUGGAUAAGCUAAAUGGCAGAUUAAACACAAUUUAAAGAAGAUUAACGAACUGGAAGCUAUAUCUAAGAAAUCACUUAUAAUGUAACACUGAGAGACAAAAAGAUGGAAAAUAUUAAAGGGUAGUUAAAAGUCACUGGAAGGCUGGGCAUGGUGGCUCACGCCUGUAAUCCCAGCACUUUAGGAGGCUGAGACAGGUGGAUCAUGAGGUCAGGAGAUCGAGACCAUCCUGGCUAACAUGGUGAAACCCCAUCUCUACUAAAAAUACAAAAAAAAAAUUAGCUGGGCAUGGUGGCGGGCACCUGUAGUCCCAGCUACUCGGGAGGCUGAGGCAAGAGAAUGGCGUGAACCCGGGAGGCAGAGCUUGCAGUGAGCCGAGAUGGCGCCACUGCACUCCAGCCUGGGCUACAGAGCGAGACUCCAUCUCUGAAAAAAAAAAAAAAAAAAAAAAAAAAAAAAAAGUCACUUGGAGACUGGGUGUGGUGGCUCAUGCCUGUAAUCCCAGCAUUUUGGGAGGCGAAGGCAGGAGGAUCACUUGAGGCCAGGAGUUUGAGACCAGCCUAAUAGCAAGAACCUGCCUCUUUAAAAAAUAAUAAAAAAAUAAGCUGAGUGUAGUGGCUCAUGCUUGUAGUUCCAGCUAUUCAGGAGGCUGAGGUGAGAGGAUCAUUUGAGCCCAGGAGUUGGAAGCUGCAGUGAUCUGCCACUGCACUCCAGCCUUGGUGACAGAGCAAGAGACCCUGUUUCAAAGAAAAAGACAGAUAAGUCCUUGGGAGUCUCAGACGGAGGAAAUACAUAGAGAAUGAGCAAGAAGCAAUAACCAAAGAGAUAAUGGCUGAAAAUUUUCUAUAAAGACUUCCACAGACUUCAAGUCCCCAGACUGAAGGAACAAACUGAAGUCAGAGUAGGGUAAAUAAAAAUAAAUGUAUAUCUGGAUAUAUCCCACUGAAACUGCAGAAUAUAAACAGCAAAUCUUAUAAAUAACUGGAGAGAAAAGUCAGAUUCAUGGUGUUCUAUCAAAGUGUUCAUGUAGACUAAGGGUGGGGAAACUUUACUCUGUAAAGGGCUGGACAGUAAUUAUCUUCAGCUUUGAGGCUUCAGUCUCUGUUGCAGCUGCUCACGCAACUCUGCUGUUGAAGUUUGUAGUGCAAAGUCAAGUCAAGUCAACAAAUGUGUGGCUGUGUCGGAAAUUUAAUCAAUAACAGUAAAACUUCAUUUAUUGACAUGGAAAUUUGAAAUUUAUAUAAUUUUAUGUCAUAAAAUCUUAUUAUUAUUUGACUUUUCUCCAACCAUUACAAAAUAUAAAAACCAUUCUGUGGACUAUACCUCGCUGAUUCCUAAUGCAGACUUCUAAUGAUGGGAGUCGCCACUUCUGAAAUUACUUUCUGUUAAGAUUGUAGAAUGAAGUCGGGCGAGGUGGCUCAGGGGUUAGAGACC